CAGAUAACCGAAGCGAUAAGAAAUAAAAUUGGAUUGGUCGUGAAUGUUAAUCGCAAUAAUUAGCCAAAGAGCCCGAAUAGCGGUUCGUUAAUGCCAAUUAUUUGGGUUGAUAUUUCCAGCAGCACACGGUAAAUCGUGAGGAAAAAAAAAACAGGGAAUUGUAGAAAACAGGAAAUUGAGGGUAUUCCGUAAUGAGAGGGGCUUAUCUGGGUCACUCAUCGAUAAUCCCUAGGGGCUCGAAACAAUGUUGACUUCAGGAAAAUGCAAGUCUCAAUGAGAGAGGAACUCGACGAUGAAAUAUUGAUCGGUGUUAGAACCAGGGAACGAACGAUUCUUCGAGACGUAUGAUCCAGUCGAAGGAAUACUUCGAAACUGUGCAGAGUCCUUCCUUCAUCUGUAUGGCAAAAAAAAUCAAAGUCUCAAAAAAAAAUUUUGGCACAGAAUUUCGAUAAAAUUCACUCCCACACGGUGAAGCAUCAUGUCCAAGAUCCUCGUGUGUUGGACCCUCAUUUUUACUUUCGUUGCCUGUGAUAAAGAUCUCAUGUUAGUCAAGGAUGACCAACUGACGUGGAUAUUGGAAGAAAAUUUCAUCACUUUGGCGAAAUACUCAUUCAGCGAUUUCGUAUGCACAAAUAUUUAUAUCUCAGGUACUUCUCCGACAGUUGAACAUUUGUUGGGCAUAUUUUUAAGGAGUUAUCCUUUCGAGACGCUGUUAAACCGGAGAGAGUACGCUUGCACCGGUUACUUGAUGUUUCUAAGCGAUACGACGAACGUUACCAAGGUCAUGGAGAGCGUCCCAGUCCAAAUCUCAGACACCCAAAUAGUCUUCGUUAUCGACGACAAAGUUGAAGGUUCAACGGAACUCUUCAACGUGUCGAUGUAUGAGCACGCCAACGUGAAUGUUGCGGCAAAAGAUGGUCUAUGGAUCCUUUCAGAAAAUCAUUUGGACCCGAGGAUUUUCAAAAAAGUACCGACAUACGAGGGUUUCAAACGUAAGCAGGAAGUUUUAAAUUUCCAAGGCCGUCUGUUGCAAGUGACAACCGAUUACAAUAAACCAUUGAGCUAUCUCAACACAACGACCAUAAGGACCGUGAAUGGUCAGAAGAAAGAGAUUUUUGUAGGCAAAAAAGGUGACCCGGAGUUUGAUGGAAUAGAAAUUAAAUUAUUCCAGAUGAUAGCAGAGCGACUGAAUUUCACGUACGUCAUAAGGAACCGCAACGGUCCAUACCGAUACGGAAGACAAAAUGCAACUGGAUGGUACGGUGGUAUAUUGGGCCAAAUAAUUCAGAAGGAAGUGGACAUUGCAUUCAGCGGUAUUUGGCUCGAGUUACCACAAUACGCUUUAACGAAUCUUACGACCCCAUGGACCCAACUCGACGUGGGAUUUUUAGUACCAAGGCCAAAAACUUACACCAGUUUCUGGGCCCUCGCCAGACCACUUUCGCCCGAAGUUUGGCUCGCUCUUUUCAUUAUGAUAUUGACCAUGACCGUAUACGUUUAUAUGAGAUCUUGGAUCAAUCCAAGAGUACACAAAAGAUAUCGAUCUUUCGCUCUCACAUGGUCAUUAUUAAUGGCACAAAUGCUCGGUUUGUCAGUCGUCCCAAAAUGGCAAGGCUUCAGACUGCAAUUUCAACUUUGGAACAUGAUCGGGGUCCACAUUGUCACUGCGUACUCGAGCAGCCUGGCUGCCAGGCUAUCAAGUUUGAAUUACGAGCCUCGCAUUGACACUGCUCAACAAUUCAUCGAGUCGAACUUGACGUGGGGCAGGGAAGGUCAUCUCCCAGCUUAUACCGCUUUCCUAAAGCCUUUGAAUAAAUGGAACGCUCAACUCCGCAGCCACUUUCGAAUCGAAAAUAACGAAGAAGAUCGACACAACAAAAUUUUGGGAGGAAAGUACGCAAUCCUUGGACGCGUCAUAAAUUCGAUCUUCUUCCCAGAAAGUGAGGUCAGAGACGAAGAUUUGGAGGCUUACCGAGUGAUGGACGAAUCCAUGGGCAGAUAUUACGUCUCUUUUGCCGUCCAGCCCUGGCUUCUGGCGCCCUGCAACCAGGUCCUGAGCAGGCUUCGAGAAAACGGUUUCAUCGAUUACCACAUUCGAGACGUCAUUGCCAGACGUACUGGAGCUGUUUACCGCGAGGUCCUCCUCGAACACGAUGUCCUGGCGCCCGGACUCCGAGUCCUGGGGCUCAAACCACUCGCCGCUGCGUUUUCUGUCCUCGCAAUCGGACUCUUCAUUUCUACGAUUGUCUUUUAUUUCGAGAUUAAGUCAGUCGAUAAGCAAAAAUUGAGGAUCAAUAAGCUGAUCGUUACUGAAAAACGAAGGACUCCUGUGAGCCCAAGGACUGCAUUCGUAAUGACAAAAUUGCCUCAAUUCCAAAAAUUCAAACAAUCGGAGGACCAUCGUCAGACUCGUUGUGCUCACGAAAACUGUUGCGCGAGAACGAGUUAUCAAGAACAAGUAUUUCGGGGAUUAAAACUAAAAUGAGUUAAAUCAAACUUAAUACUUAUAAAACAAGUUAACGAAAAGGUUGGUAG